AAAGGGGCUAGCUCCAUUAUGCAUAGAUUCAGGUUCUUUGGAAAAUCCGAAGGUCCAAACGAAAAACACUCAGCUCCACGGAAUCGAUAAAGUCAUCGAGCAAGCUCGCUAAAUCCAGCGCUCGUCGUUUAUUUCGUUCACGUACAGGUGGCAGCUUUUUGUCCAUGCUCAUGUGUUGUACUUUUGGCGGUACUGCGCAUCGUCAGGAGAAAGACUAUGUCUAUCGACCAUCGCAUCAUACUGCUCGCCGGACGAGCAGCAACAAUGUUACCACUUCACAGACCAUCACCUAUUCCACCAAUUCUGUGAUUUCCAAAGACGAAAGAAGCGUCGAGAUCCAUCCUAUCGAAGAGAAAACCAGUCAUAGUUUCACGGACGACAACGAUAAUGAUGCAUCCAAUAUCAAAGCCGACCAAGCUGAAACAAAGCGAGUGUCCGCCGAUGCAAAAGAUUUAACCAUUGCUAUUCCGCCUACUUUGCCCUCUUCUUCGCCCGAGACUACCACGCCCAUCCUUGAAUCUUCUCAGGAUCUAUGGCUUCUUAAGCCUAUUGCGCCCCAAGAUCACGGUCGAAAAUGCCUGGUCCUUGAUUUGGAUGAAACGCUCGUUCACAGCUCGUUCAAAACUGCCACACAUGCUGAUUUUGUCGUACCGGUUGAAAUUGAUGGUCAAGUGCACAACGUCUUUGUACUGAAGCGGCCAGGUGUCGAUGCAUUUAUGAAACGCAUGGGCGAAAUCUACGAGAUUGUUGUGUUUACAGCAAGUUUGUCCAAGUAUGCUGACCCCGUGCUCGAUACCUUUGACCUUCAUAAAGUGGUACGACACCGUUUAUUCCGUGAAUCGUGUUUCAAUUACAAAGGAAGCUAUGUCAAGGAUCUGUCUCAGCUGGGGCGCGACCUUAACCAGGUGAUUAUUCUCGAUAAUUCGCCAGCGAGCUACAUAUUCCAUACCACCAACGCUAUACCUGUGUCUUCCUGGUUCAACGAUCCUCACGAUUCAGAACUGGUGGAUUUGAUUCCCUUCUUGGAGGAUCUAGCGACAGUGGAUAAUGUGACCGAUAUCCUGGAUACCACCAUUCCUGGCCCCUUUUCUCGCUUUUGAUAUGCUUGUUGAUGAAAUACCUUCUUUUCUUCUCCCCCCGUUCCUUCAUUUCUUUUUCUCGAUCCCGCCAUCAUACAACCACCUUGACUCUUUUUGUUUUCUAAUGCCACUGACUCCUCUAUUUCGUUUG